AUGCUUUGCUAUCUUUCGGCCAACGACAUCGAUCGAACUGGUAUGGCAUCUCACACGGGGUGGGCAGAAACAAGUGUCAAAGCCCCUGAAAAGGCAGGCCAGAAGGAACAAUCCAUCCUCAAUGGUUUCUUUCUAAAGAGCCAGGGAGAUAUCCCAAAGUCUUCAACUCCUACUUCAGGCAGCCAAAGUGCGAAGUCUUCGUUCACCAAGAGCAGUAAAGUCCCGAACAAAGCUGCGAUGAUGGUGGGGAGUCCGAUAUCAAUGAAAAUGACGUUAUCGUUGAUGAAACCCCAUUGGUAUUACAGAGUCAUCUCUCGACCCGAAGGAGAGGAGUCAGAGGACUGUCCUCGAAGACGCCGAGAGGUCAUCCUAUUCCUCAAGAAAUGGGCUAGUGAGAUAGCUUGA